AUGGGAGACUGGAACUUCCUCGGAGGGAUAUUGGAGGAGGUGCAUAUCCACUCCACCAUGGUGGGAAAGAUCUGGCUGACCAUCCUGUUCAUAUUCCGGAUGUUGGUCCUGGGCGUCGCAGCUGAGGACGUCUGGAAUGACGAGCAGUCCGACUUCGUCUGCAACACGGACCAGCCCGGCUGCCGUAACGUCUGCUACGACCAGGCCUUCCCCAUCUCCCUCAUCCGCUACUGGGUGCUGCAGGUGAUCUUUGUGUCCUCGCCCUCCCUGGUGUACAUGGGACACGCCAUCUACCAGCUGCGAGCUCUGGAGAAGGAGCGACACUGCAAGAAGGUGGCUCUGCGUCGGGAGCUGGAGGCGGUGGAUGUGGAGCUGGCGGAGGCGCGGAGGAGGAUCGAGAAGGAGAUCAGGCAGCUGGAGCAGGGCAGGCUCAACAAAGCUCCACUGAGGGGCUCUCUGCUGUGUACUUACGUGGCCCACAUUGUCACCCGCUCUGUGGUGGAGGUGAGCUUCAUGAUGGGUCAGUACGUCCUCUACGGACACCGCCUGCGGCCGCUUUACAAGUGUGGGGAGCCGUGCCCAAAUGUGGUGGACUGCUUUGUCUCCAGGCCGACAGAGAAAACGGUUUUCAUGAUGUUCAUGCAAGUGAUCGCCUGUAUCUCCCUCUUCCUCAGCCUUCUUGAGAUGAUGCACCUGGGAUUCAAAAAGAUCAAGAAGGGCAUCCUGAACUUCUACCCUCAUCUGAAGGACGAUAUGGAUGAUUUAUACGUCAGCAAGUCCAAAAAGAACUCAGUCGUGCAUCAAGUGGGCAUGGGAACAACUGUGAGUCGCAAGACUACAAUCCCUACAGCCCCAUGUGGGUACACAUUACUGUUGGAGAAGCAGGGCAAUGGACCUAACUACCCUCUUCUUAACGCCUCGUCUGCAUUCGUCCCGAUACAAGGAGACCCUAAUGCACAACCGGAGAGUCACAAGGACAUGAAGGAGGGAGUGCCGAGCCCCACGGAGCAGAACAGCAACUCCAACAACACGAGCAGCGACACGCGUUCUCCUCCUGCAGACAAACAGGAGGAGGCAGAGGAACUGUCCCAACAUGAGGACAUGGACUGUGGGAGGUCCGAGUAUCCCACCCUCCCUGUAGCAGACACCUCCUCCUGUGCAACCGGCUUUCCGAGGAAGUCACGGAGGGUCAGUCCGCCGUGGAACUGCUCCACCCUGGUGGAGGGUAACGGCUCAGACAGCGGGGAUUCGUACCACGGGAGAGACAGCAUGAAGCUUCGGAGCAGCUGUGUCGGCCCCCGAGCAAGGAUACUCUCUAAAUCAGACAUAAAGAGGCCGAGCAGGUCUCAGAGCCCGGACUCUGCAGGGGAGUUAAGCUCAGUGUCUCGACACAGCCGGGAGAGCAACAGCCCCACCACCUCGUCCCCAAAGCGCAAAGUGUCGGCAGGAAGCAGCGUCAGCAGCAGACGAGCCCCAACUGACCUGCAGAUAUAAACCAAAGACUGUCUGCUCGCCAGAGUGGAAACAGAAGCUCUCAAUGAGACAUGCAUGUUACGCAUUUCACUAAAAGAAAUUCAAACAAGCUCACAGAAGCUUUGUUUUUGUUUGCUAUGAAGAUUAACCUCUUGACACCAAAGAGCAGCCUUUUUCUAAACAUAUUUAAAAGAAAGCAUAAAUCCACUCCUUCAUUUAGCUGGUGAUCAGGGCACUACAGACUGUUAUUUUCCUUUAGUUUCCACGUCUGUUGGACUUUUAAUGAUUUUGAAGUGUGCAGUAGCACUGUUUCAAUGAUUAGCAGGGAAUGGAAAACAGGCUCACAGAUCUAUAAAGUUGUGUUAGGUCAUGUAGUGUUGUUAUGCAACAGGAUACUUUUACAUCACCUAUAAUGAAAUAAUUCAACCUCUCAAUCUCAAUCUUCUCCAGCAACAUUCAACACUAAAAUACUCCACUCUGUCUGUCACAAUGGAAAAUGAAUGCUGAAUAUAUCUCUGCCUAAAAGCGGCAACAGGGACAAG